GUCCUCUCCUGCAGGUCGAUUGCUACGGUUUCCGGCGAUGGCGGCACUCCUCCAAGCGGCUCGCGCGGCGCCCCGGACGUCGUCCGCCGCCCUCGACCUCAUACGCGCCCAGCCAAACCAGUACAUCAUCGCGACACUCGGCGGCAGGAAGCACAUUCUCGCCCCGCGCGACCUCCUCACCAUUCCGCGCAUGCCCGACGUCAAGGUUGGCGACGUCGUCCUGCUCGAUCACAUCCACGAGCUCGGCUCGCGCGACUUCACCAUCCGCGGCAAGCCGACCAUCCCGACCACGAAGGUCCAGGUCCAGGCGACCGUCGUCGAGCACACGAAGGGCAAGAUGGAGAGCAUCUUCAAGAAGAAGCGGAGAAAGGGCUACCGCAAGACGAUCACGCACAAGCAGCCGUAUACGCGCUUGCGCAUCGGCGACAUCGAGAUCCCGUCCCCCUUUGCGUCCACCGGCUCACAGGUUGCUGCAUCUGCAACAUCAGCCAGCGCAGCACCAUGACACUCCUUCUGUAUGCCCUUGGUCGUAUAUCAUCCUCUAAUAUAGGUCCUCACAUCUCCUGCU